UUAACUGUUUGCCUUAUCCUUGACCAGAGUCGAAAUUGGUUUCCUGCUGCAUAUUGCAGACAGACACAGGACUAAUGAAAUAAUAAUUGCACCGGCGAAUAUAAACUAGCCGAUGUGGUGAGUUUCUAACAAAUCAGCCAAAGGGGGAAUCAUUCCCACUAAAUACUAUAGGCAAUUGGCGCUAAACCGACAAGGGCUUAUUAAAUAGACCAAAUGGUCCUAGAAUUUCCUAGAUUAAAAAGAGAACAGUCUGCCUCCUUAGAUAAGACAUGGCAACUAGCUGCAGUAAUGACCCCAUUGUGUUGAAGUGUCCAUCGCUGAACACUUUCUGAACUGCCUUGAUUAUUCCAUUAAUUGCUUCAUAUUAUUAAGGACUCCUUCGUUUCAUGCUUGUUUGGAGUCAGCAUGGCGCAGGAAGAGGACAAACACAGCCUGGAGGCGAAAUUUGUUGCUGCAGUUAAAGUGAUCCGGAGUUUGCCUGAAGAAGGUCCUUUCCAGCCAUCAGAUGAUAUGAUGCUACUGUUCUAUAGUUACUACAAGCAGGCCACUUUGGGGCCCUGCAACAUCCCCAGGCCUAACGGCUUCUGGGACACUCGUGGAAAAGCUAAAUGGGAUUCAUGGAGCGCUUUAGGAAACAUGACAAAGGAGGAAGCCAUGAAGAAUUAUGUAGAGGACAUCCAGCUGAUUUUGGAGGCCAUUCCAGUCUCAGAAGAUGUGUCUAACUUGGUACAGAAGCUUGGCAACUUCUACACAGAGGUGGACGUAGAAGGAGAAGAAGGUGAAGAAAUGGAGCGGAGCAAGAGACCCUUCACCAGGCCUUUUGCGAACCAUGCAGAUGAGCUGGUCAAACAAGUGAACAAACCAACAAUGGAAGGCUAUGGGGAUCUAUGGGAUGAUAUACAGAACUUCCAAGAAAAUGACAGCAGUGGUCAUGGCAUAAGUGUCAGUAGCGAGGAGGCAGAGGGAAGCAAAGAAAAUAGUGAAAUUGAGAGAAAGGACGAAAGUAGUGAUUGGGUGAAAAGUGAGCAAGAGGACAAUGAGGAUGAAGAAGACAAUACAGACAAUGAAGACGAGGCGGAUGAAGAAGAGGAGGAAAAAGUCUGGAGGCCUGAUCCAAAGCUGCUGAUGGUGGAGAAAAGGUGGAGGUCUGACACAGGGGGGUCCAGCAGCAGCAGCAUGGAGCCUAGCAUGUCUUCCUUCACCAACGGGACACACAGCUCCCUCAACAGCGAGGCGGAGGAGGAAGAGCUGGCCUGUUCCAUAGAGCCCAGUGAGCAGUACAACUCCUAUAUGCUCUUUAAGGGACAUCUGCGCGGUCAUAGUAAUGCUGUUCCUGAGAAGAACCACCGAUCCACAGACUCAGAUAAUGAGGAAUUCUGUGACUCCAUGGAGCAUCUGGCCAUGGAAGAGGGGCUGUCUACAUCAAACGUACUGUCACCGGGAUCAGGAGCUGUCUCUGGGAAGCAAAGUGAUCGUAGCAACACCACCCUGAAUGGAGGAGAUGAUCAAGUAGUCUUGGGGGAGUCCUACCUUAAAGAAGAGAUUAGUGCAAGCCAGCACAACAGCUCCUUGUCAAGAAGAGGGAGAGGUUUACAAUCGCCAAGGGCUGCCUGCAGCUCUCAGCUAUGUGCCUGUGUAGAUGCCGCAUGCUAUUGUGUGUCACAGAGCAGACAUCCUGUCAGCGUUGCCAGGGGAAACGUCAAUGAGCAAAUAGCAACAGCUCUGCUGAGGCUGCAGCAUGACAUGACCUCAGUGUUGCACAGGUUGCACGCUCUGGAGGCGCUCACGGUUUCACAGUCAAGAUUAUCUUCGCCGAGGCAGGAGGACUCUCUACCCGCAGCACAAACGUUCCUGAGACCGUCUUGGUGGCCUUUUGACUUCUCUCCACUCACAGGAGUGUUAACUGCACUCUGGCCUCUGAUAGCCCAUUGGCUUGUCCAGCUUUACUUACAACGGAGAAGAAGGAAAAUCCCCUGAAUUCUCUGACAACCGGCGGCAUCAUUCAAAGAACAUGAAGCUGGGAUGAAAUUGUUGCACUUUUGUUGCUUUGUGGCUUUUUCAAGCCACCGUCACAAAUGGAGAAUCCUGAGGCAUCAGUAGAAAUGGAAAGGCCACUUUAGAUAAAUGAAUGGUCAGAAAGGGGGACUCUUCAAUAUAGUGUAGCAUUUUUACUUCAUAGAUUCAUGAUGGAUAAAGGGAAGAUUAGUCUAUUAUAAAUGCUGGCACAUCUUCUUUGUUACAUUGAGCUUAGCAUUAGGCGGUGACCUUAUUUAUGACAUGUCUCACGGAUCACCAGGUACUCAAUAUACACAACUCGCAUAACUGAGUCAACUUGUAAUUUAAAUUAAUGUAUUAUCAUACAGUAGCUGUGGACUGAAAGCAAUGCCUGAAUGUCAUUUAUUUAUUUAUUGUACAUUUCAUUGUUUACUUCAGGUUUCUUUUCAUGUUUCAUGUCAAACUAUAUAUUUUUUCUGAUUACUAAGGGUCGUUUUGCAUUCAAAAUAUAGGAAUAUUUUAGGUGAAUUUCUUUUUAGACCAAAUAGCAGUGGUGACCAAAAUUGUUAUCUAUGUGUAAAAGUUUUUUUUUAAUAUUUUAUGGCGUCAGUGCAUUAGUAUCAAAGAUUGCACAAAAAAUGAUAAUGACAAUCCAUAUAUUCAUUCUUUUUUUCUUAUCAGUACAGUGAAAAUAAAGAAUUUUCUUUUAAAGCAGAGUGUGGUGCUUUCAAAUAUAUAGUUAUUAAACAUAAGUGUAUGAAUCAAAUUUUGGCUUGCAAUAAACACAUUCAUUGGACAAACA